CAGCACGUGAAGCUCUACUCAUCCCGGACGCCAAGCAUGUCUAGAUAUGGCUACAUGUAUUGACCAAGCUAUCAUCCUAUUCGAACCCUGUUGCUCCAUCGCUCCCUCACCAUGGCCGACCAAGCGUUUACGCUGAACUUCCUGGGCGAUGUUAUGCUAGGUCGACUUAUUGAUCAACUGUUCGUACAUCAUGUCCACGAGCCGGAAGAAGCACGCAUAUCCCCAUGGGGCAAUACUCUCCCGCUUCUGCAUGAAGCUGACUUGAACCUCAUCAACCUGGAGACGGCCGUGACCACUCAUCCCACCAAAUGGCCGAACAAAGUGUUCAAUUACCGCAUGCACCCAGCCAAUAUUGCCACGCUACAGGCAGCCAGGAUACACUAUGCCACUCUUGCGAACAAUCACACCCUUGACUUCUGUGAGCCAGGCCUUUGGGAGACAGUACGUACGGUGAAGAAGGCGGGAUUGGCUUUUGCAGGUGCUGGAGAGACUAGUGAGGAAGCUACAAGACCGGCGGUGCUGAUGCUCAGCGGCAGCAAGCGCGAAUAUGAAGUGCAUGUUUUUGCGGCUGCCGAUCAUCCAAGUGAUUGGGCGGAGGUGGACUCCUUUCACCUCAUUGAUUAUACGAAACGAACGAAGGAAAGAUUGAAAGCCUUGAUCACAGGUCCGGUCUCUGCUAAGGCCGCCUUGAAGGUGUUCUCAGUGCACUGGGGUCCGAAUUACGCCUGGCAGCCGGACUCACGGAUUCAAGAUUUGGCUCACUUCCUUAUCGAUGAAUGUGGCAUUGACAUAGUCCACGGUCACUCAUCUCACCACGUCCAGGGUGUUGAGAAGUAUAACAGUAAGCUGAUCAUAUACGGCUGUGGUGACUUCGUUGACGACUACGCCCUCGUGGCCGACUAUCGGAAUGACUUGAGCGGCAUUUGGAGAGUCAUCGUCCAUGAGACCGCAGAUGGAGAAUCGUUGAAGCUAAGAAGGCUUGAGGUGUUCCCUACGAAGAUCGAAAGUUUCGCGGCGAGGAAACUACAAGCCUCGGAGCCAGAUGCGCAGUGGGUGCUGGAGAAGGUCCGGAGUCUGAGCGCCGAACUGGCCACUACGGUUAAGUCAGCAGCAGAUGGUCGCAUUGUUUGUGACCUAACAUGACAUUGCUCCUGACGGCCGUUCCCUGCUAUCUUCGAAACGAUAAUGUCCAGUCCUCGCUGAAAUAAGCCACGGUGACAACUGGCGAGCUUUUGCACAGCAUAUGCGCUGCACUCUGCCCAGGACACCGCUCGGAAAGAGGGCAAGUUCGUAGAACUGCCGGUACAGUUGGCUUUAC